UUGUCUCAAGCAAUGUUAUUAUUCCCCUUCGUUCCCGUCAUCACGGACCAAUCAGAGCUACUCUGUCCUGAUUUGUCGAGUGGCAGCCCCUACUAGGUCGUCCUGAUUGGCGGGGAAGCCGGCAAUUCUUUCUCAUAGAACCAGCACAAGAAGUAAGGGAAACCUGGUGGGGAGGGGUAGUGUUGACGUUUGAAAUCUCUCUCCAAACUGAUGUUUAUAUCACGACUACCAACAGCAGCUUUAAAUUAAAAGCUGAAAGGUUGAUAAAACAUGCUAAACACUGUCAUACAUCUGAAACACACACCAAGUGUUAAAGGCCUCCUCCUGUGUGUGUGUCUAUGUCAACACUGCCAUCAAGUGGUGAUAGCCCUAAACUAAGUCAUCUGUGAUUAGGCUGAAGAGAACUUGCGCACUGUAUACCUCAGUGAAUUAACCAACCUUAAAAGUAAAUAAUAAAACAUUGAAUAUUCUAGGUUAACAGAUUAGAAACAGAACAACUGCACUGAGUUUUCUCCAAGUGUCGUUGAACUCCUGGCACACAUGUCUCACAUUCCCUCACACCCGUCAAACUUCCGGUAUGACUUCCAGCUUAAAUCCUGUGUCAAGAUAUUUGUAACACAUUUGAGGAAGAACUAUGAAGAAAUAAUGUUCAAAAGGCAUUUUCCUCUAACCCCAAUAAUGAAGCUGUGAAACACAACUUUUUCAUUAAUGAAUUAUACCGCCUUGAAUGAAGUGAAAGCCUGUUUGGUUGUAUUUCUAUGAAAACACGAAUUAACAUCUUUCCUCCAUAUUCUUCAUGUUUUUGACAUGCGUUGUUUAAUCAUAGUGUUUAAUGUGUAAAGCGUGUAAGCAAUUUCAUUCAACAUUUGCAAAGCUUGUAAGCUCUGUGGAAAAAAAAGUAGAGUUUCGAACUUAUUGUGAAGGUCCAAGAGAUCGGAAAUGCUCAGCUGUCACACCUGAGAACAAACUCCUUUCGUUUGUUCGUCUGCUUGUUGUCUUUGCCCCACAGACACACCCCUUCCUUCAGCCUCAGCCUGAACUUCUCCUCCAAGAAGUUCUGUUUGAAACCUGUCUGAACUUGUUCGAAGAAAAUAACAACCCAUGAAUCGGCGGUGCUGCUAAACCUGGAAGGAAGAGUGUGUUUGUUUAUUUCUACACCUGCGAACAAAGUGAAAGUAAAGGUGAACGACGGCGGCUGCGUAACAUACCUGUGAUUUUUCUGCUCCUCUGAAAUGGCUUAUUUUCAUUUCCUGGCCUAUUUCAUCUUUACCUCUUCCCUAGUGGCUGGACAGUCUACAACAUAUUUCCUAAAGGGAACGAGUGGCCUUUUGAAGCCUGUCAUAUCUGGACAGCCCAAUUCAAUUCUGUGGAAACAUGACGGCAACAAAGUGGUGGAGUUUGAUGGCAGAGAGCAACAAGUGUACAGCCCCUAUAAAGACAGGAUCACGCUCGACUGGCUAUUGGCAGAACUUAAUAUCACCGGCCUCAGAUUUGAGGACAGCGGAGUCUAUGACCUGGAAGUAGAAAUAAACCACAAUUUCUACCCUUCAAAAUAUAAACUGGAGGUCAUAGACAAGGUUUCUAAGCCGACCAUAUCCUGUGAGGUGAAUGAAGGCAGCAGCUCAGAUGUAUCCAAAACCAAGGCGAUGCUGCUGUGCUCUGCAGAGCCCCGAAAACCUGAGUCCUUGAUGAAGUUUGACUGGAGAUCUCAGGGAAAAAAUUUGCAACUUGGACCAAAGUUAACGAUAUCUCUGGGAGAUAAUCAUGAUGAAGAAGAAUACAGUUGUUCAGUGAGCAACCCUCUGAGCAGUGAGACAGCUACAUUCACAGCAAGAGAAUGCUACCCCGACAAAAGUUCAUCUGCAGUUCUGGCAGCCUGCCUAAGCAUACUUUUUAUUCUCCUACUUGGCACAGUGGUUGGCAUAGUGUUCUGCAAACUGAGACAAAAAGCAUGUUUUACACAAAAACACUCAAAUGAUUUGGAAAAACAGUCAGAAACUGAAGAGUCAGAUGCGAAGACAGGUCCAACUGAAGACAAUAGUCCUCUUUUUCAGAGAGAUGAAACACUUCCAUCUCGUAAAUGUUUGGUCCCUCCGAAAGAAAAGAACAAUUUAAACAUCAAGAGAGAGUCAGAUGAGAAGACAGCUCCAACUGAAGAAAAGAGACCUCUUCUUCCGAGAGAUGAAACCCGUCCAUCUCAUCAACGUUUGAUCCAAGAUCAUAACAUGAGCCCUGAUCACCCUGAUAUCACUCAGAAAGAAAACAAUGACUCAGGGGUGGAUGAAAGAAAGAUGGAUUUCAGAAAGAAUCGAGAGGUGUUUGAAAAGAAUGCAGAAGGAGGACUGACUACUCCACCUAAAGACCAAGCAAAUCGCCAUGUGCACAACAAACAUGAUCAAGAUGCAAACCAGCUCCAAGAACCUGCAGACGUCAAACUGCCAGAGUACUCAGACACUGAGAAGGCAAACAACCAAGACCGAGCCAGUACACACGAAGAAUCUGGUGAGGAGGCACAGUCUGAUCAGGAACCUGAAGAGACUCAACAGUGGGAUCAUUCAGAAUCUGAGGGUAACAAUGGACCAAACCCAGCUGGUGUUCAAGCCCAAUCACCAGAAGGUGAUCCAAAUGCAGUCCAGCCCAAAGAACCUGCAAACAUCCCACCGCCUGACUCCUCACACACUGCAGAGGCAAACAACCAAGAACGAGUCAGUACACCCAAAGAAUCUCAUAAAGAGGCAGAGCCUGGUCUGGAACCUGAAGAGGCCUCACUGUCUGAUCAUUCAGAAUCUGAGGGUAAAGAUGGACCAAACCCAGAUGAUGUUUUGGGCCAAUCACCAGAAGACAAGCCAGACGAACAGCCAGGGUCGGAUGAAGGGACAGCGCAGGACGGUGGAAACAGUCCUCCUGUUGUUGAUGCAGCAACACCCACCUCUUCCCCGUCAGCUGACUGUUGCCCUGCAGGUGAUAAUACGACCCCUGGUGACCAUGCCAGCAAUCAGAUCAAGGACAAAGAUUCAGAACAAGAAAGUAGCAGACACAAGAAUACAGCAGUUGUAUCUCCUUCUUCAUCCCUGGGUGCUGAGGCAUCUCUUGAACAUGAUCCAAAUCCACAUGAUAACAUGAACAAUGGUGAUCCAGAGACAGACCAGCACGAAAAAACUGCAAAAGAUCUCCUACAGUCUGACACAACAGACCCUGCAGAGAAAAAUAAACAAGGGCAAGCCGAUGAAUCUCAUUCUGACAAUGAGUCUGCUGAUAAACCUCCAGAACCAAAGGUGAGGGCUGGUGAGGAUAAGGAACCAUCAAAGGAAAAGUCUGGAUCAGAUCUGGUUAAUACAGAAACAGAGAAAACUGUUCAAGGUUCUGACUCAUCAGAUACUCAACAGAACGGUGAUCUCUCAAGCAAAACUGCAGAGGAAGAGUCCUCCAAUGUUCCCGUUCAGAAGGAUUCUGAUAAAAAAUCAGAAGAAGAUUCCAGACCACAACAGACAGUAACUCACACAGAAGAAGCUAAAGACCAGCAAGAAACACACAACACCCAGCAGUCUGUGACUUCCUCAUCAACUGAAGUCGACACCAUCAACAACAAGAAGUCUCCAAAUACUGCACAACAAAACCCAGCUGACGAAGAAUCUGACAGCCAAACCCCAGAGGGAGGUCACAGUGAGGGGGGAAACUAGUGGAGAUAAAGAACUGAGAUAAAAGAGAUCACUAAAGACGAAGGACAAAGACACACUACAGAAAGGUGAAGUUGAUGAAUCAGCCUCCAUGCAAUCGUUUUUCACUAGAAAGGAGAAAAUUAGAGGCAUCAGAUAUUGAAAGUGAAGUUGUAAGUCCUUCAUCUAUUUCUGUUGCCUUUUUCAUACAAGAUAAAAAGAGAUACAGUGAACAGAUGAACAGAUGGACACUUGGUUGAGGAAGUGAGAGCUCAAGGUGAAACUCAGUACAGACUUUGGUUCAUUUCUUUUAGUUAUAUCUUUGUCUCUAACAAUCCCAAGUAUGUGUACUUUUUGUAAAAUGUUAGAUAUCUGUGUUUUCAUGUUUGACUAACAGCUGAGUUCUACAGUUUUUAUAUUGUUGUCUUUUUAAUGAUACAAAAAAGUAUUUGUUUAUCUUAAUGUGUAUUUUUAAUAAAUUAGAUAAAGAAGUUAAAUAUGUAACCAUUGAUUUAAAAGCACUAAUGUUCUGAAUGUAAUGCUAAGACAUUUAAGCUAACAUAUUCUGGAGCUGCAAGUUGAAUGCUUCAUUGAAGAUGUUUUGUGAAAGAGAGAUCAUCUAAAACCUUCAUGGUGUUUUUUUUCUCCCUUUAUUUACAUUUAGACCAGUUUGUAGUGCUAAUAUUUUCUUGAAAAUAUUUUAAGUUUUUAAGGAGCUCAGGGUUUAAUGUUCACUACUUUUUGUGGUUUUCUUGCUUGGAUUUUGGUGCUAAUGUGAAUAGCAGUAAAAGUUGUGAAGAUGGACAUGUUGUAAUAGUUGUUGCACUGAUCAUUAAAACCUAGUAGACUUGUUUAUGUCCUGUUUCUGCUCAUUUUCUCAAAGAAUAAACACUCUGAUUUAUGUAA